UUACCUCUUCUUAUCUUACCUGGCCUACAAGACAUGGCAACCCAACCUCUCCCUCUAUCAAGAACAGUGAUUUCACAACUACAAAUGACUCAUGUUGAUGAAGAGAAGAUCAUCAUAGAACAAGUUAAGGAUACACAUAAUCCGAAUGGUGGCAUAGAUGUUGAUGCUAAUUGUCUUCUCAAGUUUGUGGAUGACAUUUUCAAUUUCAAUACGGUUCGUCGAGAUGCAAUGCAAGACAAGUUACACCUACAAGAACACAUCCAGAAGGAGAUUUCAUUUGUUGUUUUACAACUCUCUUUCGUGAUAGCCUUCACUUCAGUAAACAAUGAUGAUAGUCACUCAACUGCAAUUUAUCUGCUAAGUUUGUUGGAAAGUAUAUGUGGCAUGUUAAGGGAGUAAUGUUACUCGCAUGUUUUGCGAUCAUCCGGGAAAAAUUUAAAGUUGCCUCACAAUCAUGCCAUCGGAAAGGACUGCCCUACAACAUGAUUGCUCUACGAAAAAGUCUAAAGUCAAUGCUAUCCUCUGGCAAUGAAUUUUUUUUGAAUGACUCAAUAAAAUCUAUGUUUGAAAUCACUAAGCUUAUGGUUGAGCUUCGACAUUCAUCAUCAAUGUUUUUGGCAAACUACUGGAUUGCAAGGAGUGUUGUUGCUUAUACUCACCUCCUUAUUUUGCAGCCCGGGCCACAAAAUGAGAUAAUGACAGAACUGUCCAAUGUAUCCACCAAAAUCAAAGAGAUUCUGGCUUCAAGCCUCCCACUACUAGACGCAAAAAGGGAAGAAGAAUAUUAUCAAGCGUUGUUACAUGUGUUUGACAAUUCUUCAAAUAUUUUGGACGUUUUAAAAUUGAUAUUCAAUGUCAAAAAUAAUAAAGAGGCGCAAAUUUCGGAGAGACUUAUGUUACAGGGUUUAGUGGGAUCAUAUGAGUUUGAAUGGGAGGGAGUGCUAUUGCUAAUAUCAUCCGGCAAACACUUCCCCUAUUAUGCAUAUUUUGCGGGGCCCACUCCAGGACUAACAGGAGUACAAUUAAUCUGGGUUCCAACUAUAAAUAAUCUGGAUGAUGAGCAUAUACAAGUGCCUUAUUAUAUCUACAAAAGUAAUCUUGUAUUAGAUCCACAAAAAUGGAUUGCACCAGCAUUCUUAAGAUUUCUUCAAGAUAAGUGUUUCCCAACUUUUCAAAUUGGGAGUGACCCUAUUGUAAUUUCACUUGACAAACGAGGAAGAUUGGUUCAUUCUAAUGCACUUCACAUGAUAUUCACAUGGGGAAUUCAACUUUUUGGAAGGAGAACAAUGAGAUCAGGUGAUAUAAUAGUCCCAUCAUUAGAAAAUGAGUUGCGGGAAAUGACUUCUGGUGCUGACCGUGUGAUUGAUGACAUUGAUAAACAAAUACAUAAUUUUGCCAGAGUGGUCCGCAAAAAGAUCAAUAAUUGGGUGGACGACAUCGAGGCGAAGAUGAAAAGUUCGUUUCGUUCAUACAAUUACACGCAUCAGAGGGAACAAGAGCUUUGGAUUAAAGAAUGUUGGAAUCUUAACCUUGUAAUAGGAUGGUCCCUCCUCCAGAACUUCGAAAAGAGGCUAAACGAGUGGAUUGAUGAUGAAAAUUACAUUUUCUUAUGCGGUGGCAAUAACAUUAACCGAGUUCUAGAAUUUAUAUUUAAGGUAAAAGAGGUUCGUUCCAAAUUUCAAAAGGAUAUAAGAAUUUCAUACGUUGGUAGAAGAAAAAUGAGUAAAGAUAUGAAGAGAGCAUUUAAUGGUGUACUUAACCUAAGUGAUUAUAAGCGCUUUUGGGCACGACUUUAUAGUGUGGCCUCAUCUAGGAUUCAAUAUUUAAAUAAGGUUGGACUUGAUGAAGGAAGUGAUGAAAUUCUGCAAGGACUCAGAAAAUUAUUAUCUUAUGAAGAUGAAUGCACAACAAUUGGAUCAUGGACUUUGUUGAGCAAAGGGAAAAGAAUAAUUGCAUGUGAUAUGGGAGACAAAAUGUUAGGAGUCUUGAAUGAGUAUGAGAAAUGGAAUAAGAAUGCACAUGUCAAUGAUUUUGAUGAACAAGUAUUCGAGGAUUGCUAUGAGAUGCUUAAUAGUUCUUCUCCUUGUUCUCAUCAACACCUUUGUUGUGCUCUCAAUUGCUCAUCUAAUUUAGAUAUAAUUUCAGAGGUUGUGUCAUGCCCUCAAUGUAACCAGAACAUGCAUAUAUUUGUCACUUUCUCUUGCUGUCACGGUCCAACCAAUUAUUUAUAUUAUGAACAGGAUGAAGACUAGGAAUAUUAGGACUCUAUAGCAAUUAUAUUUCAACUAUAGUUCUUCUUAGAGUCUUAUCUUGUAUAGGUUUACAUAUA